GGCUCCAUAAACGCGCAUGCCAAGUAUUUCGGUGUCCGCGGUUCUGAGACGCUUUUUUCCUCUGACUUUCAUCACCGGCUCAUAGUAAAACUUCAAAUGACAGUCUGAAAAAAAGUCACAUGAUAAGGUGACCAGAAAGGGUCCAGCGAUGGGGUUCGCUCAUGGAUUACUUUGUAUUUUUGCAAUCUCUUCACACUGUCUCAUAGGCCAUGGCCAAAAAGUUGUGUGCACACAGGAAGCCAAGGCUGAUAUUGUGUUUUUAGUGGAUGGCUCAGCCAGCGUCGGUCUACAGAACUUCCAACAGAUUCGAGAAUUUCUCGGGUCCAUCGUGUCCAACUUUGACAUCGCUCCCAAUAAAAUCCGGGUUGGCAUGGUCCAGUUUAGUGACACGCCAAAAACCGAGUUUUUCCUCAAUACCUAUGAAGAAAAGCAGGAGAUUCUUGAUUACCUUAAGCGCUUGCCGUAUAAAACUGGUGGCACCAACACAGGCCGGGCAUUGCAGUUCUUGCUGCAAAACCACUUUGUUGAGCAAGCGGGGAGUCGGUCAAAUCAAAUGGUGCCUCAGAUCACCUUUGUCAUCACAGACGGGGAGUCUCAAGAUGACGUGGAACCAUACGCUCAAGAACUGAGGCAGAAAGGAAUCAAAGUUUAUGCCAUUGGAAUUAAAGACGCCCAGGAGAAAUUCCUAAAGAAGCUUGCGAGUCAGCCAUAUGAUCAUCAUGUGUACAGGGUGUCUGACUUUAAUGCCCUCCAAGAAAUCUCGCUGGGUGUCAGCCAGGAACUGUGCACCACCGUGGAAGAGGCACAAGGAGAACGACAAGAAUGCAGCGAAAUUACUGCAGCAGACAUCGUUUUUCUUGUGGAUUCAUCUGACACUAUUGGAGACACCAAAUUUGGAGAAAUUCGCCGUUUUCUCCAUGAAUUUGUACAGGGACUUGACAUUGGCGAAAAAAAGGUAAGAGUUGGUCUUGCCCAGUUUAGCAACCAACCGUACCAGGAGUUCUUGUUUAGUGCAGAUGAAGCCAUGAAGGAAGAUCUACUCGGAAAGCUGCUCAGCAUCACAUACCGCAAGGGUGGGCCAAAAAGAACAGGAAUUGCUCUGGACUUCAUUAGAAACACCUACUUCAGCCAAGCUAGACAAGACAUUUCUAAGAUUGCUGUCGUGAUCACGGAUGGGGAAUCAAGUGACGGUGUACAAGGGCCGGCUCAGGAGCUCCGCAAGCAGGGAGUCGUUGUCUUUGUGGUCAAGAUGGGACCAGCAGAUACUGCACAACUCCAAGCUAUCGCUAACAGUCCCCAGAAAGAAUUCUUAUUUAGCAGGGACGGUUACCAAAAUUUAGCAGAUCUGAUUGAGAAUCUUCGCAGAAGAGUUUGUAUUGCUGUCGAUGACCAAUUACGAGCUUCUUCCCUUAAGUUUGCUGAUGUCUUUUUCCUGGUGGAUAGUACCGCAUCAAAACCUGAGUCCCAACAAAUCAGAAGCUUCCUGAUACGACUGGUCAACCAGCUUGCUGUGAAAAAGGAUGGUAACCACGUUGGCAUGGCACAGUUUAGCGACAAUGUCGAAGAAGAAUUUCUGCUUAAUAACAAUAAGACCAAAGAUGAAAUCACAACUGCCAUACGCAAUCUCCGACUUAAGCCCAAAGGCGUGCGUCAAAUAGGUAAGGCAAUCGAACAUGCACGCAAAAAUUUCUUCAAUACCUCGGCUGGCAGUCGAAUCGCCCAGGGGUUCAAACAAGUCCUGCUGGUGACGAGUGUGGGAAAGUCGAACGACAGUGUCAUUCGACCAUCACGUACCAUUAAAAAGGAUGGAAUGCACGUAAUCUCUGUUGGCUUGGGCAAAGCUGAAAUGGAUGAGCUGGAGGAUAUUUCAAGUCCAAAUCAAACCUACAAAAUAACUUUACAAAGCGUUCCGCUGGUGGUACAGAAAGUCAAGACUGUGAUUGAAUCCCAUGAUGUGCCCAUUAUUUCUGAUGAAUGCAAAUCAGCCACUAUAGCAGACAUUGUGUUUAUCAUCGAUAAAUCUGGCAACAUGGGCCCUGAAAACUUUCAGCUUGUACGCACCUUCCUCCUAAACACCAUUUCAGGGCUCGAUGUAGGCAUUGAUAAAGUGAGAGUAGCCAUUGUUCACUACAGCGAUGUCCCAAGAGCUGAUGUUUAUCUCAACACAUUCAAGGACGAGAGUGAACUUUUGCAGUAUGUUCAGAGGCUGUCCUAUGGCAGAGGCAAAGCCUACACUGGAGCAGCUCUACAGUUUGCCAAGGACAAGGUGUUCACCAAGGAAAGAGGUAGCCGAAGUGAUGAACAAGUUGAGCAGAUUGCUGUGGUCAUCACAGACGGCUGGUCUGCAGAUGAUAUCUCCACUCCGGCAGCAGAGUUGCGUCGCGCAGGCGUUAAAAUUUUUGCUCUUGGCAUCAAAAACGUUAAUGUACGCGAACUGCAGGAGAUCGCGUCUUACCCACCUAGAAAGUAUGUGUUUAAUGUUGAGAGCUUCAGUAAGCUCAAUGCAUUGUCAAGUAUGCUAACAAAAAGCCUUUGUGGGGAUAUCACCUCCUCCUUCAUACCUAUAUUCAAAGAUAUUACUCUUCAAAAAGGCUGCAAAUUUACAGCUGAAGCAGACAUCUAUUUCCUACUUGAUGAAUCAGGAAGCAUUUCCUAUGAAGACUUUGAUGAAAUGAAAGCUUUUAUUUUAGAGUUCCUUCAUAUGUUUGAGAUCGGACCCAAUAAAGUACGCAUUGGUGUGGUGAAAUUCGCAAGCCAUGCAAACACAGUCUUCCGCCUGGACACUUACAAUACCAAUUCUGACGUGGAAAAAGCAGUAAAAGGUAUAAUAAUGGAUGGAGGCGGAACAAGAAUUGAUUUGGGACUGGAAGCAAUGAUCCCGCUCUUUAAGCAGGCAUCUCAAACGCGCAAGGAAAAGGUUCGGGAAAUACUCAUCAUGAUUACGGAUGGCAAGUCUGAGCCUGUGGGAACACCAGUAAACGUUCCAGCUGAAGAACUGAGGAAGGAGAACAUCACAAUCUAUUCAAUCGGAGUAAAAGAUGCAGACAGGGCCGAGCUAGAUGAUGUGUCCGGAAGUCCUAAAAGGACAUUUUACGUCCAAAACUAUGAUGCCCUGAAGCUGAUCAAAACCAAAAUUCUUAAAGAAAUCUGUUCAUUUGAAGCUUGUGAUGAUCUUUCAGCAGACAUUGUCUUUCUUAUUGACGGUGCAGAUGCUGUUGACGAGCAAGACUUCAGUAAGACAAAGGAACUGAUAGGAUAUGCCGUAGAAAAAUUUCCUAUUAAAGAAAACAGAGUGCGACUUGCUGUCAUUCAAUACAGUACUAAAACUAUGGUGGAAUUUGCCUUAGAUGCCAUCCAUGAUAAAGACUUGUUACAAAAGAAAAUCGCAUCCAUCCAGCAGCUUAAAGGAAAAACCUUCACAGGAAAUGCACUUAAAGAGGUUUUAUCAGUGUUUAAGGAGGCUAGCAGGGGGCGUGCUAAUACUUUGCAGUCCCUAAUACUGGUUACUGAUAGCGUAUCCAAAGACGAUGUAGUACAGCCUGCUAAAGAUCUUAGGGAACAUAACGUCAACAUUUAUGCUAUUGGUUUGGGACAUGCUAGCCAAACCCAAUUGCUUGAUAUCUCUGGAUCUUAUGAAAGAGCCUACCUAGACAACAAUUUUGCUUCCAUACAGACCUUGGGCAGUGAGAUUAUCUUCAAGAUUUGCAACACUGAGUGCAAAAGACCCGAACUGAUGGAUGUAAUAUUUGUGGUGGAUGGCUCUGGCACUAGCAGUCCUGACAAUGCAAAUUUUCAGCUAAUGCAAAAAUUUUUGGAAGCAAUGGUAAAAAAGGCAGACGUCGGACAGAAGAGAGUUCGCUUUGGUGUGGUCGUUUAUUCUGACAAGGCUAAAUCAGAGUUUACUCUAAAUCAGUCCAUGAGCAGGGACAAGGUUCUGGAUGCCAUCUCAAUGAUGCGUGCUCCUGGAGGAAGAAGAAACACGGCCCAGGCUUUGAAGUCCUCACUAUCCUACUUUGCAGCAGCACAUGGAGGAAGGCAUUCUGAGCAGGUCCCUCAGGUGCUAUGCUUAAUAACAGAUGGUCCAGUUGCCGACACUGCUGGUCUCACAAAGUGGCCUGAAGAUCUUAAGGCCUCUGCGGUCAACAUGUUUGCAAUUGGAAUCGCAGAAGCCAACAAGGCUGAGCUCACAGAAAUUACCGGAAAUAACGAAAGGGCCUUCUAUGUUGACAACUAUGAUGCUUUUAGAAUGUUGUAUAAACCAAUAAAUCAACAACUCUGCAAUCUGACGAAGCGAGUGUGUGAAAAGGAGAAGGCAGAUCUGGUCAUUUUGAUCGAUGGGUCCGAAUCGAUCUCCGAGGCGAAUUGGGAAGUUGUUAAGGGCUCCGCAAUCAACAUCAUAAAAAAGCUUGACAUUGCACCAGAGAAAUGGCGGGUUAGCGUGGCCCAGUUUAGUGACAAAGUGCUGAACCACUUCUACUUGAACGAAUACAACAACUUAGCAGGAGUGGAACAAGGAAUACGUGAGAUUACCCAAAGGAAACAAGGUACAAACACCUGGGAAGCCCUGAAGGAAAUCGGAGAUUACUUCACACCAGAGCAUGGAAGCAGGAUAAACGAGCGUGUGUCACAGAACUUGCUUCUAAUCACAGAUGGCAAAGCUAAUGACAAAGAAGAUCCAAGUACACUUGCUAAUCUCAGAGCAAAAAACAUUGAGAUAUUUGCCAUCGGGAUUGGGCAUGAUAUAAAUCACCAUGAGCUUAUCAAAAUCGCUGGUUCAAAAGAGCGGGUUUUCUAUGAGACCUUUGAGAGUCUUCCACUGAAGACAACUGCGAGUAAAGUUCUAGAAGCCAUCUGUAUACCAAAUAACAUAAAAGAUCCGGAAGGAUGCUCAAUAGACAUUGGAAUUGGGUUUGAUGCAUCAAGCACAAGCUCGCAGCAUCUACUUGGAUCACACACGGAGUCCCUUGUUGCUGCAGCUAUUCAUCAUGCAUCCAUGAUUGGGGCACUCUGCUGCGUCGCCGCAGACAAAAUCGAAACAAAAUUUGGCUUCCGCCUCGUCUCUGGCAAAGACGGAAAAGUUCUGGAUGAUUUUAAGUUUAAAAAGUAUGACCAGAAUGUGGUCACGAAGGUGCUCCAAAUACGGCCUGCGACACCUACGGCUUUCAAUGCACUCUUACUAAACUCCUUCAAACAAAAAUUCACUACCUCAAAGGCUGGCGUGAAGGUGCUUGUCCUAUUCACAGACGGAUUUGAUGAUUCCAUGGAGUCUCUAAAGGCGAGUGCAGAGAGUCUCAGACUAAGUGGGGUUAGCGCACUGGUGAUUGUGGCUCUAAAAGACAGCGUGGACCACCAAGCUCUGGAAUUUGGACGAGGCUUUAGCUAUAUCAAGCCCCUUUCAAUCAACAUGCUUAAUGUUGGCAAUGCACUGCUGGAACAACUUGAGGCAGUAGCAUCAAGAGAGUGCUGCAAUGUCACAUGCACAUGUAGUGGUAAUUUUGGCACCUUGGGACCAUUCGGGCCUCCGGGGAUAAAGGGAGAAAAGGGACUAAUGGGUCGUCAAGGAAUGUCUGGAGAUGAAGGAAGCCCUGGUGUAAGGGGUGAGCCUGGUAUAAACGGAACUCAAGGACACCAAGGCUGCCCUGGAAAAAGAGGCAUCAAGGGGGCUAUAGGACACACCGGGAACCGAGGAGAAGAUGGAGAGUUUGGUUUCUCUGGGGUUGAUGGUGAACAGGGUGAGCAGGGUGCAACCGGAGCGGCGGGACCGAAGGGAGAUCCAGGACGUAUAGGUGUAAAGGGUGUUAGAGGAAGUUCCGGCCCAAAGGGUGAACGUGGUGUGAGAGGAGAUCCUGGAAUACCUGGAGCAGACAGCAAUGUGCAAGGUCCAAAGGGUGAGCUGGGAUACGCCGGGCUUCCUGGUGACCAAGGCCCAGAUGGAGCUCGGGGUCAACCUGGCGAGCGUGGCGAGAACGGCUUUAAUGGGAGGAAAGGACCACCAGGAUUGCCGGGUCCUACCUCCACUGAACAAGGAGAACCUGGAAGUGUGGGGCCUGCUGGACAUCCAGGGUUGAGGGGUCUUCCUGGGAGAAAUGGAGGCAAAGGAGAGAAAGGUGAUCAAGGUCACCCUGGAGUUCUGGGCCUGUACGGUGCAGUUGGGGAUAAAGGAGUGAAAGGAAACCCAGGACUGAGAGGGCCACGGGGUCCAAUAGGUGACAUGGGCAAUAAAGGUGACAACGGAAUGGAGGGUUUCAGAGGACCACCGGGCAACACUGGUGCAGACAAUUACGGACCUCCAGGACGUAAAGGACAUAAAGGAAACCCUGGUUUUCCUGGAUAUCCUGGUUUGCCGGGUGAAGAUGGAAAUAAAGGAUCGAGGGGAGGAAUAGGACCCAAAGGACACCGGGGACGUCCGGGAAACAGCGGAAACCGGGGACCUUCUGGAGAACCUGGAGAUAAUGGGAUGAUUGGACCUCAGGGUCCUAAAGGAUCACCAGGAACCAGCGUGAAAACUGAAUGUGGACUUGUGAAUUAUGUGCGUGAAAACUGUGCUUGCUGCGCAGGUCACACCAAGUGUCCAGGUUACCCUACGGAGCUAGUGAUUGCUCUGGACAUGUCCUCUGAUGUAACUCCGAAUGCAUUUAAUAAGAUCCGCUCUACAGCCGUGUCUCUGCUGGAGGACAUUGAAAUCGCCGAGACGAACUGUCCAGUAGGAGCUCGAGUUUCCGUUGUGGCUUACAACAGUUAUACCAGUUAUCUGAUCCGCUUCUCCGACUACAAUCAAAAGAGAAAGCUGCUGGAGGCGGUCCGGGGAAUCUCUCUGCAGCGCACCAGGAACCAGCGCAACAUCGGAGAGGCCAUGCGCUUCGUCGCAGAGAACGUCUUCAAACACGUCCGAAAUGGCAAACUCGUCAGGAAGGUGGCCGUAUUUCUGGCAAACGGGGACUCACAGGACACCUCAGCCAUCGACUCUGCCAUGAUGAAGCUCAAGGCUUUAGAUAUCAAUCUGGGGGUCAUCACCUUCAACGAUGCUCCGAAUAUUCUUCGUGCCGUCCAGGCUGACGAAACAAGGAGUUUCAAGGUUUUUAAUGAUGGGGAAGCCAGACGGAUUAAAGAGUGCGUCAUCUGUUUUGAUCGAUGCAACCCAGACCAGACGUGUGACGUAAUCCUAAACCCUGAGCCUGAGGAGUUGGAUGUGGACCUUACCGUAAUGAUGGAUUCCUCUUAUGAUCUUCAGGCUCAUCAAUACUCUGGCGUGAAGGAGCUCUUGGCUUCUGUCGUGGAUGUAAUAGAUGUGAGUAACGACCCUACCCGAGAGGACAGAAAGGCCAGGAUCGGUGUGUACCAGCAAAGCUCCACUUACCCUAACUCCAACGUUAAGGAAGUGUUCGGACUCAGAACGUUCAAAGACCGUUCCCUGAUCAAGAGACACAUUUCAAAAAACAUGCAACAAGCCGGCGGUUCUCCACGUCUCGAGUCGGCUCUGGACUGGAUGAUGAACAAAGUCCUCCUGGAAGCACAGGCACCGAGGAAGAAGCGGAUGGUCCUGAACAUCCUCGGUGAAGAAUCUGAGAGAUUUGUGGACAAGGAAGAGCUGAAAUACAUCUCCACGCUUUCUCAGUGUAAUGAUAUCGUGAUGGUCACGCUGACCGUAGGAGAAAAAUUCGACUGGAAGCAGGUGGAAGGUCUGAGCACAUCACCAGUGGAGAAACACCAUAUACCCCUGGGACAGCUGGGGCUCAAGGACCGAGAGUAUGCUCAGAAAUAUUUACGAGCUUUUCUACGCUUGCUCACCAGAGAUUUCUUUCCCAAACCCUCUUCUCUAAACGAUGAGUGCAGCACAUUUGUUCCAAGAAAGGUUGGCCAACUGCCUGCUGUUCAUCCAACAAAAAGACAUGAAGUAUUAGAGACGACCGAGGAGUUCACUAUGGCAACUCAGCCUGUGACCGAGACCUACACCGAAGCGAGCGCAGAGAUCUACGAGGACAACGUGGCACUGGCUCCCCAAGUGUUCACGGAGGUAUAUACGGAAACGUACACGGAGGUGUAUACAGAGAAAUACACUGAAGUGUUUACGAUGCGUCCGGAAAUAUACCCCGAGAUAUUUGCUGACGUAUACGAGGACAUUUAUGUGAACGAACACCGGGACCAAGAGGCGAACGAACAGACUGAGGUGGACAGCAAAGUGAUGCCGGAAAAGAGCGAGAUGGCUGAAAAAAAGGAUGAAGAGCAGUCAGAGUCAUCAGAUGCCCGAUGCUUGCUUGGCAAGGACACGGGGAGGUUGUGUUCGGAUUACCAGGCCCGAUGGUACUACGACCAAAACACUCAGAAAUGCACAUUCUUUUGGUAUGGCGGGUGUGACGGGAAUGACAACCGCUUCCUGACGGAAACCGAGUGCGAGGAGAUAUGUGGGGCAUUACGGGCUCAAGUUUUUCUUAAGGAUGAACCGGCAAACACAACAGACGUCUGCCAGCUCGCUGAGGACAUGGGCAGCUGUUUUAACUUCAUGUUGAAAUGGCGCUACGAUGCGUCUAAGCGAGAGUGCAGCCGCUUCUGGUACGGAGGCUGCGAGGGCAACGGGAACAGGUUCGACACGCAGGAGGAGUGUGAAGCUCGCUGUCUGAGAAACAAGAAGAAGCUCUGAACGCACCGCACUACAACAACAUCCGCUUCGUUUUACAGCCGUUAAUUUAAUUGAUUACUUUUAUUCAGAACUUUUUCAAAUGUUGUAUUUUUCUAUGUUUCCUGAUUAACACCAAAUGACUAAAUAUAAACACCAGGGCAGCACAGAGCAGGAAUCAGUGAUGCACUCCGUUUCAUUCACUGCCUGUAUGAACAGAAGCGACAGAACAUUAUUACAUGUUUCAUUACAAAUAAUAUGACCGAGAUUAAAUAUAAUUGGUAACAUAUAUACAGAAAAAAAUGUUAGGCCUGAUUUAUUGAUUUCUCUACUUUACUGAAUCCUGAAUCAUUAACAAUGUGCCCUUGUGAAAGUUUAUGAUGGUUUGGUGUGUAUAAAGAAAAUUAACUUCACUCUUCAGCUUUGUCUCAUUUUUGAGUUUUUAAGUCAUGUGUCUGGUGUUAAAAUGUCCAUGACAAAUAAAUAAAUAAAAUAA